AUGGAUGCAAAACACGUGGAAGACCGCGUUCAUCAUUACCGUCGGCUGUGGAACGCGAAGGCGACCGUGGACGCGUCGGCUCCUCUGUCCCACCUCCUUCACAAGUCCCGCAUCCCGUUGAGGGACAUCCGGUUCCUCGGUCGCAACGGGACUCCCCGGAUCGCCCUCGACGUCGCCGCGAAGCCUCCGCGGGAGGAGCCCCGAGCGGAGUCGCACGUCAUCCUCGAGCGAUUCCUCAACGACACGCUCCGCAGUGCGGACCUCCACGCGUUGUGCCGCGGUUCCCGCGGGUCCGCGGCGGACCGCAUCGCCGCCUUUCUCUCCGAGUGCGACCGGCCGCGAGAGUUGCCUCGCGAGUUGCCGCGCGAGUUGCCGCGUGAGUUGCCGCGUCCGAAGCCGGAACCACGCGCGGGACGCGUGCACGCCCCGUACGAACACGUGCAAUCGCGGCUUCUCCGCGAUCGCAAUUACCAUUCGCCGUGGAAGAUGCUGAAGAAGUCCAGCCCCGUCCGACUUCGCGAGGAGACGCAGAACAAGGAGAGCAUCAGGACCAAAAGCGACGAGGAGGACAUCUACUCAGAAGACGAGGACUUCGCGGAGCGUCCCUCCCCCAAGCGAGGCGACGCCAACGACGACGAAGAAGAAGAUUCCCCCGCAGACACCUCUACCUCCUCCGAGAAGCAGACGACGCUCGCAGCCCCUCCCGUCCCGGACGCCCCAGCCCCUAAAGGCAUCCAGGACUCCAGUCACGACUCGGCCUACGACGACCGGGGGAUCUCCUCCGAGAGUCGAGGACCCACCCCGGAAAGAUUCCUUCAAACCAAGCUCAUCUCUCAUCACCAAGUGGAAACCGCACUCAAAGAGCGGGAGAAGGAGACGGAGUGCUGGAGAUUCGUGACGGGGCUGAGCAGGGAGAUCCUGAAGGCGGGAGUCACGGACCCGGCCGACGUCCGUCGACUCUGCGAUUCCCAGAUGAGGCGUGCCAAAAACCUCGACCAGACCCGAGUCCGCGGGAUGGUGGAAGAGAUGCUGAAAGACCUGGGACUCCCGGAGUGGAAAGCGGACGAGGGCGAGCCCCGCCCUUCGCGUGUCGCCGCGACCGCGAGUCGCAGGAGCCCCCUGGACGCGGAGGUGGACCAGGCCCUCGCGGAACUCUCCCUCAGCACCAAGCUCGCCUUCAUGGAUUUCUCUUGGAGGAAUCCGUUUCGACUGUGAAGUGCGUUCGUUCCCCGGCCAAACGAGUGCGGAGUUCGCGUCUCCUCGGUUUUCCUCCCUUUGCAACGGUCGCGAGUCCUCGUAGAAAAGUCUGUGCAAGGAAUGGAAUGAAAUCGAAGGGAAAAAAUUCGUCUCUCACCAUCGGUGCAAGAUGAUGGCCGUCACCCUCGUGCUCGAGGGGAAUUUCCAGUUACAGCAUGGCUUUGGAAUUCUGGUCUUCGUUGACUUUUGGCGAAAUUUGGUAAUUUAUUAGUUGAGCGCA